AUGGGUAGCUAUUCAUACCCCGAUCCUUUGCCUUACUGGCAAGUCAACAUCCCACCAGAAGACCGCGAGGAAAAAUGCCCAGAGUUUCUGCGCGAUGUCAGCAACAAAGACGUCGGCAUCAUCGGCACGCCUAACGAGGAAUAUCGCGUGCAGACGUGGCAGGAGGUCGUGGGCUUCAUCCGCACAGACAGGCUUGCCGAUUUCCGACGGUGGCCAUCUGAUCUGCGAAGGUACCGAGAGUAUAUUUGGGAGCUCAAGCGUGCCUAUGGGAGCGUCAUGAACUUCAUGCUGAAAGAGAGGCUGUGCUGGCACGAGCCCGUCGUGCCCCGGGGAAGCAGGCCAUUCGAGUGCCACGAGGAUUUCAAGAUCUUGAUGAACGACUGGCCAUAUGGCCUGGACAAACGCAUCGUGCAUCUAGUUGUUUGGACGAAGUUCGACCUGCCAGACGACCGCGAAACGGAGGCUGAGAUCGAGGCGUUUGUGGACAGGACCUUUUCGCCCCGCGUGUCACAAGACAAGCGCAUAUGGUUCAAAAAUCCACCGAGUCUCAAGUCGGUUCACUCCGUGGAGCAUAUUCACGUCAUGUUGUUCGACCCCGAUCCGGACUUUGUGCGGCAUGUGACAAACGGUGACGUCCCUCGCUGCCAGAAAUUCAACCCCGCCGGCAAUUUGGCGAGGUUAACAUGA